CCAACUCCCUGCACUUAGUAGACAUAUUUCUCCUACUGGUCAGGCGCCUGACGAACACAGCACAACUUCCUGCUUUUCCUCCCCCUUAUGACACACCAGUUUCGUUUUUUCCUCCUCUCUCUCUCUCCUCCUUUGAUGCCAAAUCCCAUCCCUCGACCGGGUGAGGAGCGCGGUGAGUGGCUGAGAGGACUGAGCGUUCCUUGCAACAGCUGCGAGUUGCCUCUAUCCAACACAGGAGUUGGCGGAACUGAGCUCAGUGCAGAACGACGAACAGCGGCUUUGUCACGCAUUGCCCCAGCCCCGAACCAGCAGCCCAAACCCCGAUCGACAUAUCGCUACAUUCAUGACCGGACAGGGAUUACGUGGCGAAGGAGACAAUUUCACAGAAGGGAUUGAACGGAUUUUACGCAGGGCUGCCGGGUUUUAGGAGUGCCCCUGGGGACCAUGGAUAAAGCUUUGCAUAUCCUACAGAAACCGACAGACUCAACCGACAAGGUCCUCGGCGGUGGAACAGGAAUAGCUCUGGAUAUGAGUAUAGGGGACCGGGAAUUCACGGAACAAUCUAUUAGACUUAGCAAUAAAAUCCCGUUAGUGAAGCCCUAUUUCAAAAAGAAGCACGGACAGAGGAAACUGGACUCAAAAUGCCUCCGUGCGCUCCAGGACCCAAUCCUGACCACAUUACUGAGUACGGAUGCUCUUGUUACCGGAGACGGAGUGUUUGUCCCCAGGAACCCUCCGCCAAGGACAGCUGGGAACCUGUGCACUGCUGUGGUGGUCAAACAGGCGCGGAUUGGUGGGCCUGUGUGCCGGAAAGAAUCGUCAGCUACCGGUGUAACGGCUAUGAUUACCGGCGACACGGAAAUGGUGGACGCCACCGCCGAGUUGGAGGAAACAGAGGGGGGGGUAACCAAGGCACCGGUAGAUCUCCAGCGCGUGACAAUAGACUCUAACGAACGCAGAUUCCAGCUCAAACUUCACCCGCGGGCGCGCGAAGUGGCGGCGACACCCCCCACACCCGAUACCCCUCUAGUAUCCCCUCCAAGCCAAGGGGGCAACACGAUGAUUGACCUAUUUGCUUCUAAAGCCUUGCGGGGGGAAAAUUGCCUCACCAUUAAAGACGGUAAGAAAACCCCCAGUCUUCAGGCCGACAAAGGAGAGAUAUUUCAGGAUAAAAGCGAAGAGGCCUCCCUGGAUCUAGUUUUUGAUCUGCUAACCCAGCUCCAGUAUCACACGCACCAAGCCGACUCGGUUUCCAUCUGCGUGGAUUUCCUGCAGGGGUUGUGUGUGUACGGGAGUGACUGCGCUUACCAUCAUACUGUGCUGCCCUACCACUGGCAGAUCUGCAGGAGUGACACUGAAAGCUGGCAAAGCCUGGCGGAUGAUUCACAGGAUCAGUUGGAGAGGCUUUAUUGCAAUCCGGACAAUGAACAAGUCAGGCUCAAGUUUCAGGGUCGUGUGUUUUCCUUAGACUUCACUACGAUGCGUGUAUGUGACCUGGAGUUAGACCGUGUCAGACGGUUGACCACUCCCUCCAGCCCUGCCGCCCCGCCCCCAAACACAAACCCCACCCCUAACUGCCACACAGUGUGGAAAUACUACUGCAGAGACAACUUCGGCUGGAGAGAAUACUCUGAGCCGGUAGUGCGUCUGAUAGAGGAGGCUAGUGGUCGUGGUCUGAAGGAGGUCCGUUUCAUCACCCUACAGAACCAGUACAUCCUCAACAUCAGAGAGGGCUUCCAGCAGAACGCCGUGUUCGGCUUCAGGCGCCAGAUCAAGAAACGCCCCCUCUUCCUGUCCUCCAUGGUCCUCACUCCGCAUCUACAGACUCUUGGUGGCCUCUCCUCCUUUUCCCCCUCCUCCACUGUGGAUCUGUCCCUUUCUCUCCCUCUCUCUCCGUCCUCCACCAACACUCCCAGCGUAUUCCCAGAGACCUGGUUACCCAUGACAACCAGCCAGGACUUCCUGCAGGUUCCGGUAUCCUGUGACGACCGGAGCUAUCGGACCGUCUACACUCUCUUCCACAAGACGGUGUCCGAAACCAAGUUCCGCAUCCUUAAGAUCCUCCGCGUCCAGAAUCCCUUCCUCUGGGAGAAAUACAAGAGGAAGAAGGAGUACAUGUCUCGUCGUCUCUCGGAGAUGGACAGGAUGCUGAGCGAGCGUCACCUUUUCCACGGCACCUCCACUGAGGUGGUAGAGGGCAUCUGCAAACACAACUUUGACCCGCGUGUCAGUGGCAAACACGCCACCAUGUUCGGACAAGGCUCCUACUUCGCCCGCAAGGCCGUCUACUCCCAUAACUUCUCCAAGCGCUCUCCUAAAGGGAUCCACUCCAUGUUCCUGGCCAAAGUGCUCACUGGCAGGUUUACAGUGGGGAACCCUUCCAUGCGCCGGCCGCCCCCACUCAGCCCCCGGGACCCCUCCAGUGACCUGUACGACUCGUGUGUAGACAACUGGGUGGACCCCCAGAUCUAUGUUAUUUUCAACGACGACCAGAGCUACCCCUACUUUAUCAUCCAAUACGAAGAGGUUCCCAGUACUGUGGCUAUCUGACACAGACCAGACUGAACCAAACCCAGUACUGUAACUAUAUGAGAACAGACCAGACUGAACCAAACCCAGUACUGUAACUAUAUGAGAACAGACCAGACUGAACCAAACCCAGUACUGUAACUAUAUGAGAACAGACCAGACUGAACCAAACCCAGUACUGUAACUAUAUGAGAACAGACCAGACUGAACCAAACCCAGUACUGUAACUAUAUGAGAACAGACCAGACUGAACCAAACCCAGUACUGUAACUAUAUGAGAACAGACCAGACUGAACCAAACCCAGUACUGUAACUAUAUGAGAACAGACCAGACUGAACCAAACCCAGUACUGUAACUAUAUGAGAACAGACCAGACUGAACCAAACCCAGUACUGUAACUAUAUGAGAACAGACCAGACUGAACCAAACCGAGUACUGUAACUAUAUGAGAACAGACCAGACUGAACCAAACCCAGUACUGUAACUAUAUGAGAACAGACCAGACUGAACCAAACCCAGUACUGUAACUAUAUGAGAACAGACCAGACUGAACCAAACCCAGGACUGUAACUAUAUGAGAACAGACCAGACUGAACCAAACCCAGGACUGUAACUAUAUGAGAACAGACCAGACUGAACCAAACCCAGUACUGUAACUAUAUGAGAACAGACCAGACUGAACCAAACCCAGUACUGUAACUAUAUGAGAACAGACCAGACUGAACCAAACCCAGGACUGUAACUAUAUGAGAACAGACCAGACUGAACCAAACCCAGGACUGU